UUUGUCCAUAAGUAGAGUAGAUAUAUUGAAUUGAAUCAUUUGGAAGUUAUAUAUAUCGAUGAGCCUUUGAUAAAUGGAAAAUGAUUAACACAGCAACUUUAUUCUGUCUGGGUGUCUUGAUCUUGAGUGGUGCAUUUGGUGGUGAUACAAAUGAAAUGAAGUCAGUAUCAGUGAUGGAGGGAGAUUCUGUCACUCUACACAGUGAUGUUAAAGUACAGAUAGAUGAUCUGAUACUUUGGAUGUUUGGACCUCAAGACACUCGUAUAGCUGAAAUCUAUAAGCAGGUCAUUUAUAUGUUUGACAGUAAUGUGAAAUUUGGAUACAGACUGCAGUUGGACAAUCAAACUGGAUCUCUGACCAUCAGAAACAUCAGAACUAAACACUCUGGACUUUAUAAACUACAGAUCUCCAACAAGAGAGAAACUUCAUACAGGAGAUUCAAUGUUACUGUCUAUGCUGCAUUUGGUGGUGAUACAGAUGAAAUGAAGUCAGUAUCAGUGAUGGAGGGAGAUUCUGUCACUCUACACAGUGAUGUUAAAGUACAGAUAGAUGAUCUGAUACUUUGGAUGUUUGGACCUCAAGGCACUCGUAUAGCUGAAAUCUAUAAGCAGGUCAUUUAUAUGUUUAACAGUAAUGUGAAAUUUGGAUACAGACUCCAGCUGGACAAUAAAACUGGAUCUCUGACCAUCAGAAACAUCAGAACUGAACACACUGGACUUUAUAAACUACAGAUCUUCAAUAAAAGAGAAACUUCAUACAAGAGAUUCAAUGUUACUGUCUAUGCUCGUCUGCCUGUUACUGUCAUCACCAGAGACUCUUCACAGUGUUCUUCAUCAUUUGAAAGAUCAACAAACCAGAACUGUUCACUGCUGUGUUCAGUGGUGAAUGUGAGUGAUGUGAGUCUCUCCUGGUACAAAGGAAACAGUUUAUUGUCCAGCAUCAGUGUGUCUGAUCUCAGCAUCAGUCUCUCUCUACCUCUGGAGGUGGAAUAUCAGGAUAAAAACACCUACAGCUCUGUGAUCAACAAUCCCAUCACCAACCAGACUCAACAUCUGGACAUCACUCAACUCUGUCACACGUGUCCAGAAUCAUUUCAUGUAAAUAAAGUCCUUGCUGCAUUUAUGCCUGCUGUCGCUCUGGUUGUAUUCGCGACUGUGAUGUUCUUUCUCUGUAGGAAAUGCAAAAGAGCGGCACAAAAAAGAAAUGGUGUUGAACCGUGUGUAAAUACAGUGGAAACAGUCCAGACAGAUAAUGAAAUGAGACAUACCUCAGAUGGUGGAUUUGUUAGACAAAAUGAACAAAAACUGAACACUAACAGGACAGAGGAAACAAUGUAUGCCACGAUUGCCAGACGCUGAUCAAAGUGACUCACUGCUGCAUUUAUGUUGUCUGGAUUUCUAAUCUAAUUCUAGUCAUUCUAAUACAGGAAAGGAAGACAGAAGGAAUUAACUGAAUUAAUUUGAUUUUUGACUGAUUUUCAACUGAUAUUUGAAAAUAGAGGGUUUGCACUAACAUCAUGAUUUGGUCAGUUACCUGUAGGGUUGUUGUAUCGUUUGAAUUUCAUUCAAUUUCGAUUCCGCUUCUGCUUUCGAUUCUUUUCCAUUCUCAGUUUUGAUUCCAAUGUGAUUAAAAAAUUAUAUCAAGCAUAUUUAUUCUGUGUUUGACAUGACUGCAAAAAUAGCUAACAUGAGACAAUAUCGGAGUGUAAUAUUAUGGUGAACAAAAUUGCACAAGUGGAGGAAAAAAUGUGUUUUUGCCUUUGUGGUUUUGAUUUUAUGAUUUAAAUUUUAUCACACUUAGACAUCACAGACUUUAAAAUAUAAAUACAGAAAAGUAUGUGACAGCAUUUUUGCUAAAUGAAAUACUGUCGGUGCAAGAUCCCAUGGUCUGAUAUAUUUGUGUGUUCAACAGAUGCCAACAAGUCAAACUGAGACUGGUCAAAGUUCCCCAUCAGGUUAGAUACAGGAAACGUUUUUUUUUUUUUUUUUUUUUUUUUUUUUUUUCUCCACAAUACACUUAAUACAAAUCAAAUUUGAAACCAGAGUGCGUUUUAAAUAUUUUUUUUUUUUUAUGUAACAGUGGCAUCCAGCAGGGAAACACUGGAUACCAGACAUGAUGAACAGGAAAAUUAAAAAAUGAUUAAUUCCCAGUUUGUCCUCCUUAAGAGCACCACAGGAAUGUUUUUUUUUUUUGUUUGUUUGUUUGUUUAAUCUAAUUUGUGUUGCAAAAAGAUACAGAGACUUUUGCCGUGCAAUUUUUCAAGUCCACAUCAAAAUUUAUAAACUAAAAUUUCACUAAUAGGCACAAAUUGGUGACUCCAUCGGCCGGGUAAAUUAAACAGAAUAAUUAGAAACUAUAUAUUUUUGGCUAUAUUUCAUAAAAAAUGGCAUCCUCUUGUGUGGGCUUAAGCACUGAAAUCAAAGUUUAUGAUGACUAUUCCAGAUGCAGUAAUCUGUAUAUAAAAGAAAGAUUUGUUAAUGAUGUGCUUAUCUUUUCCCAUGACAUCCUGAAUCCCAUCUGCAGGUAAAACCUUAAUUCAGACUAAAGCAUAUCUCUAUUGUAUG